UCCCACUGGAUGCUCCUCCAUCAGCAGCGCCGAGGCUCUGUAAGGAGGAAACUCACAGCGAGAUGAUGGGAGGUGACCGGCAGUGUGAGGUGGAGAUGAUGCUGAAGCAGUCACAGAGGGAACUGCAGUGGAUCCAGAAGCAGCUGUCAAUCAUCUCCAAUAGGACCAAUGGACCUAUGAGGGCCAAAGAGAAGAAGCUGAAGAGCGAGCUGCUCCCUCUGCACAUAGCGGACCUGCAGGCGUAUCAUCUGCUGGAGGACCGUCAGCCCUCUGUCCAGUUUAGCCUCAGCCAGCUCAGAAAACACCACAGACUACUGGAGACUGAGAUCAGCAGGAAAAGGAAGGAGUGUGAAGUUCUCGAAGAGGAGGUGAAGAAAAAGAGCCAGUCAUGUCAAACCUUGGAGAGUGAGCUCCAGAAUGUUCUGCAGGGGAAAACACGUUUAAAUGUCCAGUUGUUUGCUGAUACCCAGAAGACUGCAAAGUAUGAGCAGGUGCAGAGUGAGUAUGAGCGUUUGCGGGCCGCUCUGUGUGCAGUGACUGUGGAGAGAGAUUGUGCUCUGUGGGAGAGGACUCAGCUCCAAGGCAAACUGGAGAACCUAGAGCAGGUGCUGAAGCAUAUGCGUGAGGCUGCGGAGAGGAGGCAGCAGUUAGAGUUGGAGCAUGAGCAGGCCCUGGCCGUCCUUAGUGCCAAGCAGCAGGAGAUCGACCUUCUGCAGAAGGCUCAGGUUGAGGCCAAAAAGGAACAUGAAGGUGCCGUCCAUUUGUUAGAGAAUCACUUGGACAGCAUGCAGGCUAAAGUGAGGGAGCUGGAGGAGAGAUGCCGGACCCAGAGUGAGCAGUUUAAUCUGCUCUCUAAAGAGCUGGAGAAGUUCAGACUUCAGGCCGGAAAGUUUGACAUCCUGAGCUCGAGCCAGCUGUCAGGGGGUGACUCACCCGGCUCUCCCACCAAAACCCCCUCACUCUCCCAGCUCCUCAAUGGCCUGGCGGCCCCAGCAGGGAAGGGUAAUGAAGGUUCCCUGAGCAAGUCUGUAAUUUCGGAGUUCAUCCGGCCUCUACAGAUGAGCGGGGGGGAGAAGUCGGAGCUUCUGUCCGUCAAACCCAGCUUCCUGUCCCGGAGCACGCCAUCCAGCCCCCGCCGGGCCUUCCUCUCCGAGGUCCGUCCUGUCAUCGCUGCUGCUAUGGACAAAGAGCUCAAUCUGUCCCCCCGUGCUAAGCCCAGGUACACAGGCAAAGUCAGACUGUGCGUUGCCCGCUACAAUUACAAUCCAUAUGAUGGCCCCAAUGAGCACCCAGAGGCAGAGCUCCCCCUGGUGGCUGGGAAGUAUCUCUACAUUUAUGGGACCAUGGAUGAGGACGGCUUUUAUGAGGGGGAGCUGUUGGAUGGCCAGCAGGGCCUUGUCCCCUCCAACUUUGUGGACUUCGUCCAGGACGAGGACCCUCUCUCCACUUCACUGUCGGAGCGCCUGAAAGAAUCGUCCUACCUCAACCACAGCCCAGCCUCUCUGGGCAGCAGCAGCGCCGUAAGCACACUAAGCACUCUGCUGUCCGAGAAGCUGGAGGCUUUAGGCUCCUGCACAGGCACGGGAACCAGCAGCAGCAGUGGAGUUAGCAGUCUGGGCCCUAGCUUGGGGUCUACUUUGGGCUUAGGCCUAGGCUUAGGCCUGGGUCACCACAGCCUGGGCUCAGGGGACCCGCUGGGACCCUGCAGUAAUGGCUCCGGUACGGCCACUCUAGACCUUAGCAUUGAUGAAAUUGGAGAAGACGUAGUGCCUUACCCCCGCCGCAUCACUCUCAUCAAGCAGUUAGCCAAGAGCGUGAUCGUGAGCUGGGAUCCUCCAGUGGUGCCGCCUGGUUGGGGGUCCAUAAGCGGCUACAACGUUCUGGUAGACCAGGAGGUGCGCAUGAGCGUGCCGUUUGGCACCCGCACCAAGUCGCUAAUCGAGAAGCUCAACCUAGCCACCUGUGCCCACCGCAUUUCGGUGCAGAGCGUGACGGACCGUGGCCCCUCAGACCCACUGCGCUGCAUGCUGCUGGUGGGGAAGGAUGCGGUGGUGGCGCCGCACUGCCUGCGUGUGGAUAACGUGACCCAAACCUCAGCCGAACUGUCCUGGAUGCCCAGCAACAGCAACUACAGCCACUCCAUCUUCCUCAACGAUGCAGAAUACGACGUGGUCAAGCCAGGCAGUUAUAGGUACCGCUUCUACAACCUGAAGCCCGUGACCAUGUACAAGGUGCGGGUUGUGGCCAAGCCUCACCAGAUGCCCUGGCAGCUGCCACUGGAGCAGAGGGAGAAGAGGGAGAUCUCAGUGGAGUUCUGCACACAGGCUGCCGGCCCCCCCUUCCCACCACAGGAUGUCCAGGUGCAGAGUGAUCCUUCUCCAGGUGUCCUGCAAGUACGCUGGAAGCCCCCAUCCCUCACACCCAGCGGCACCUCCAAUGGAGCCAGCGUCAUUGGUUACGUGGUCUGCACCAAAGGUCAAAAGAUAGCGGAGGUGAUGUACCCCACGGCAGAAUACGUGACAGUGGAGGUGAACCGUAUUCAGUGUUUGGAGGCACGUGAGGUGGUGGUCCGGACCAUCUCUGCACAAGGCGAGUCUCAGGACUCCAACACUGCUGCCAUUCCACACAACCUGCUGGGGGCUCCGCCUCACUCUCGCCCACCUCCGCACCCCCAGCCACACCCACCGCCGCCCCCUUACCCACAGAGCUACCCUCCAACCCACCCUCAACCGCACCUCCAGCAGCCCGUGUCCCACCCCGUCCCACACCCACCACCUCUUCACUCCCAACACCCACACCCUCCUCCUCCUCCCCCUCCACAACACCCCCACAUACACCCUCCACCUUCCCCCCACUCCAUCCCCAAACACAAACUCCUACCAAGUGCCAGAGACCCCCAUGCCAAAGAGCCUGAGUUGGCCCGGAGGCCCUGGGACCCCCACCCUCGGGCCCCUUCGCCCCUACCCCCUCCUACUCCUGGGGGCCACAGCCUGGAGCCUCCUCCACACCCAGAGGGCCGCCGCUCACCGUCGCCCCAGAGGAUCCUGCCACAGCCUCAGGGAGCCCCCAUUCCCAACACAGUGGCCCGCGCUAUGGCCCGGCAGGCUGCCCAGAGAAACAGCUCUAACAACAGGACGGAGAGGAGGAACAUCUUCAGCGAGAGGAGUAAUGCCCUUCACUCGCUUAACUCCGAUGAGGAAGAGGAUGGUUAUGACUCGCCCCAUGCCAGACGGAGAGGAGCCUCAGUGGACGAGUUUCUCAGGGGUUCAGAACUGGGCAGACAUCACCACCACUACAGUCACAGUGAGGAGUAUUACACUGAGAGCAGCCGUGGUUCUGACCUGUCUGAUAUAAUGGAGGAGGAUGAGGAGGAGUUGUACUCGGAGAUGCAGCUGGAGGAAGGGCGCCGCCGCAGCAUCAACUCGCACAACACACUCAAGGCGUACUACAGGCGGCAGGACCUAGCCGGGGUGGACGAGCAGGACAGCUGGGACUUGCAGCGCGAGGUGGUCCGCCAGCGUUCCCUUCGCUCCCACAAGCGCCUCCACAGCAUCCCGGAGGUGGCUGAGGAGGAGCUGCCGGAUGCCGGUUCGGAUGUCAUGGGCCAGCGGCUUCGCUUUGAGGAGGCCCGGCCUGGGACAUCCAGGGUCUACCAGCAGGACCAGCAGCAGCAGCAACAGCAGCAGGUUGACCACCUUUCUCCGGGCAAGGGUGUCCGAAGGUUGCAAAGACAGCGCUCUUCCCCUCGCUACACAUCCCUGGAGGGUUCCUUAGGUCCUGGGAGUCCCAGGGGUCCCUGCUGGAGCAGCAGCAGGCAAACCACCAAAAGCCCAGACAGUGGCCUGGACUGUGGAAGCGAGGAAGAAGGCUCGUUGGGGUACCGUGGAAGCUACCACUACCAUUACCAUAGCAGCCCUCUGAGGGUGGGGUCCGGACCCAACAUGCGCAUCAUCCACAGCGAGGGUCCCGUGGAAAGACGGGCGCUGGCCGCCGGCAGGAAAAGGACGCUGACCCGGCAGUCCAGCGUGGAGGAGGACUUCCUGGACGCGGCUGAGCUGAGGAGCCACUACUAUCGGCCACAUCAUCACCUUCACCAUCAUCACCUUCUUCUUCGUCACCCGCAGCGAAGGUUCCGGAGCGAGGGCAGGCUGACUGAGGUUGGCAGGAGCUAUAGCAGGGACAUUAGGGCCCACUCUGUGGCCAGACUCAACAGGGCUGUGGAUGAACCUCUGAUUUUAGGGAACCCCCCCCCAACGGGACGCUCGGAUCGACUGGACCAGUCUGGCCGUAGGACGAGUCAUGGCUGUCCGCCCCCCCAGAGAAGGCCUAUGAUGGUUCCUUCCAUUGAGAUCACCAUGGAGAAUAACAGUGAGGGGAGUGAGGGGAACCUCUCACCCAAGGACGAUGUUUACUAUGGCAGUGUAGCUCACCGCAGGAAAUGGCCGGCACAGCGCUCAGAGCACCGAUAUGAUGGGUAUGGUGGACGGGACAGGCGCUCUCUGGACUAUUUUGAAGAAUCUGAACUGGAUGACCUGCCGCGGAUUUUUGUGGCGCUGUUCGACUACGAUCCCCUGUCCAUGUCCCCCAACCCUGACGCUGCAGUGGAGGAGCUGCCUUUCAAAGAGGGCCAGAUAAUAAAGGUGUUUGGGGAAAAGGACACUGACGGUUUCUACAGGGCUGAAAUCUGUGGCCGGCGGGGGCUCAUCCCCUGUAACAUGGUCUCAGAGAUCCAGACUGAGGACGACGAGAUGAUGGAGCAGCUCCUCAAACAGGGCUUCCUUCCACUUAACACGCCCGUCGAAAAAAUAGUGAAUUGCGAUAGGUUCAAAGACGGCCGCUCGCUAAACCGCAGGUCUCGGAAAUCCAAGAGAGAGAGGAACCGGAGGAGCGGAAGGCACCCGGUGUCCACGCGUCGGAUGGUGGCUCUGUACGACUACGACCCCAGGGAAAGCUCUCCUAACGUAGACGUGGAGGCCCACUAUGAGGGCAUCAGACUGAGUGAUGAGGCUGAGCUGACCUUCUGUGCUGGGGAUGUGAUAACGGUGUUUGGGGAAAUCGAUGAAGAUGGGUUUUAUUAUGGAGAGUUGAAUGGACACAAAGGCCUGGUGCCCUCUAACUUUCUGGAAGAAGUGCCUGAUGAUGUGGAGGUUUACCUCACAGAGCCCCCCAGCCGGCAUCCCCAGGACCACCCUGGCCGGACAAAGACCAAAAGGGUUCCCGUGGAAAAAGCGGGGGGCUCUCCGAGACGAAGCGCCACACACACAGUGCGGCCCCAGGGGCCCGGAAGCCCCGCCCCACGACGGCCCCAAACCAUCCCUAAGAAACAAGGAUUGCUCUCCAGAGGAAAGAAACUGUUGAAAAGGCUCGGUGCUGUGAAAUAGGGUUCAGUGCUCCACCUUCUUCCAUUCGGGUCAGUGGUGUAUAGACUGUAUAGACACAGUCUGGCAAAGCGAGGGGACAAAAUAAAAGAAACACUCUCCCAUCUUUCUUCCAUUUCUGUUAACCUCUUGAACCCUAGGCUUAUUCGGACUCCUUAAUGGUCCAUAACGUCUGGACGUUUUUCAGCAGCGUUCUGUGCUGUGGGCCUCAGAUUUGGGUUUGGUGGGGGGGGGGGCAGCAUUGGAAGGCUGUAGUCUACAUAGAGCGCUAGAUUUCAUACAUGACAGUAGGUAAGUAAAGUAGAAGUUCCGAUAUUCACGUUUCAGUAGUAAAACAAAAACAAACAGCAUUAUGAACUGGAGUGACAUGUGGAUGCGCUGUAGUGUAGAUAGAUCAACAUUACAUGAUAAUUAUGCCUUGAAGCUGCUAUGCUGCAUUAAAUUGAAGUUCACAGUUUGGAAUUUCUCACCUCCAACUAAGGAAAGAUAAAAGAAAACGCCCCCUUAGCUGUGAAUUCCUGCUCGGAAAGUGCUCCGAUGAAGUGCUCACGUCGUCAAUGGGAACAAAGAACCCCUUCUGUUGAGUAAUAUGCAUUUUCGAUGAGUCAGCAUGUGACCACAUUAGUUGUUUCGAAUAUAACAUUGACCAUGAAGUUCACUUUGAGAAGGUAAAUCCAUCAUGAAUGUGUAAGUUACCGCUCAUGUUACUAAUGUUAGCUGGCUAGCUUGUUGCUAACAGCAGGUUGAAAGUGACGCAAUUCCAAGUUUCGGCUUCCCACUUCCGAGUAAAGCGGAAUGCAGCAUUAUGCUACCUGCUUCACUAAGUGCUGGUGCACAUCGUCAGAGACGGUGUUUAGUAGGCGCUGCCUUUUCACUUUAGCCUGAAAUGAAAAUGUAGCAUGACUGGUGUGGGAAAUUUAAAGGUGCAGUGUGUAAGUUUUAGGGGGAUCUAUUAUACAAAGCCACGUUUUCAUUACUGUACAACCACCUGUAAAGCACCUGUUAGUGCGAAUCAUUGUGUUUUCGUUAACUUAGAACGAUCCACCUCCAACAAAGCCCGCCAUGUUGCGCCACCAUAUUUCUACAGUAGCCCAGGAUGGACAAUCUAAUCACUGGCUCUGAAGUGGCUGCCGGUGUGAGAAUUUUGACAAAGGGAGGAUCAUGUUAUUUAGCACAAGAUGAAGCAAGCAAUGGUGAAUCCUUGAUGUCAAUGAAGUGAAAAACGUGAUGGCAACAGGAGGUUCUACUACACGCUUGGAAAGGGAGGGGUGAGGGAAGGGUAUUCAGUUGGCUGCAAACGGCAAACUCACUGCUAGGUGCCAUUAAAUUUCACACACUGCACCUUUAAUGGAAAACAUUAUCAAUAAUAUAAGCCAUGUACUUGUUUUCAACAACCAGAUAACUGCAAAAAAGUUGGAGCAUGUUCCCCUUGGUCCCCCCUCUGAAUUUGCAGCAGUGGUGGGCCCACAUGCAGAGCCUUAGGGUUUAAGAGGUUAAUUUAAGGUUCAUUUUUGACGAUGAAAUGGAAAAGGAGAAAAGGAAAAGGGUGGAAACUGGGGUUUUCAUGACCACAGACCAAACUAGUCGAUUUUUAUACCUCGUUUUCCGUUUGCGUGUCCUCUACUGCAAGCACAGAGACGCUACGAAACCUCUCGGUCUUGAAUGUACAGACAACAGUGUGGAGUUGGGAGAGACUUUUCUCUGGGAUGGUGAGCUCUGGCUUUGAUCUUUAUCAUGCAGUAAUAAAUCGAUAGUCGUAGCGACUCUCAAAACGUUUUCAUGAUCAGAACCUAAAAGCCGCCCGUAGCACAUUACACGGCAUCCAAAGGCCUCAGGAUGGGAGAAUGCUACAACUUGAUAUUAGCACAAGUUAUUACGGGUUUAGCACAAGUAACAGAUGUGUUUUGGAAGCACUGUGGAUAGAACGUGUGUGGAUUUCCCUCCACGGAGGGGAAAUAUGAAAUACUAAUGCACCCUGCCACUUUUGACUAGUUUCCCAGUUUUGGGUGGUCAUGAAAUUCCUAGUGGGGCUCAGCCCCCUCAUAUUUGCCUUAUAAAAUGCACAAUGGUUUGUGUGGCGGCCAGUCGGGCGGGUGAAAUUUGUCUCGUUUGUACUGUGUGCGUUCGUGUCAAUGCUUUCUGUUCAUGCAAACUGUUUCAGUGUUGUGCUGCUUACUGCAAAAACCUCACACGGAGUCGAAGGCUCGAGGACUGGAGGGGAAGGGGGUGGGAUUCAUGCCUCUAAUACGUAAAUCAGACCAAACUGUUGCUUUCCAAGCCAAUCAGGGGGAUCAUUUGGAUGAUUCGAGUCUUUCGCAGUCGUAGUUUCUCUCCAAAAUGUAACGCUAGCAUUAGAAUCAAGCUCAUUUUAUUUUCCGGUAGAGCUGAUGUGACGUUCUGGACUGAUGAGCGACUGAGUGAUUUCUGUUGACUUUCCCAGAAGACGUUAGAGCUGUGAAUGUAAGGCCCAGAGGCAUUUCCAACCUCCCAGAGCUACCAUGUCAGGAUGGGCUAACUAGGUACUCGUGCUUGUACUGUAUUUCCUCCUUUUCUCUCUCUCUCUCUCUCUCUCUCUCUCUCUCUCUCUCUCUCUCUCUCUCAAAUAAUGAUUUCCACUCUCUUUUUCUCUUCCUCAUUCCAUCGUUUCAUUUUGCACUUUGUCUGAUCGAAGAUUCUAACAUAAGAGUUUGGAGUGAGACUGCCAAAAAAAAAAAAAAGGAAUGUAUGAAGACAUUCUGUAUAUCUUGUACAAUUUUCAGCCAAAAUAAUAGUCAUGGAUAUAGUUU